AUGUCGAAGAGAAUAAUGAACGAAGUAUUCUGUACUGCAGAAGAUAUGGGACUUCAAAUAUUUUACCAGGACUGUGAUAGCAUGCAUAUUUUCAAUGAAGACAUACCAAAGCUUGCAGCAGAGUUUAAGAAGAGAUACGGUCGCGAACUUAUAGGAAAGAACCUUGGUCAAUUUCAUUCUGACUUCGCAGAAAUAACACCUGGAAAACAAAGUUUAGCAUACAAGUCAAUAUUUUGUGGAAAGAAGACCUACAUAGACUUACUCACUAACGAUUUAAAUGAAGUUGCAUUCCAUGCACGUUGCAAAGGUGUCAAACAAGACGUCCUUGCUUUAACAGCAAAUGAAAUGUUUCCUGAAGCUAUACAAUGCUAUUACAAU